GAACAAUUUCUUUUUUUUGUAGGUUUUUUUUCUUGAAAAGAGGAUCGCAAGGAAGAUCUUCUUUUUAAAGAUGUUUAAUAGACAUAUGGCUUCUUAUUCAUCAAUGAGAGGGGACAACGUUGCUUGUAUUAACAUGGAUGCUUCGACAUUUUUGUACUGGCAGCGAACAUACUAGGGUAGGAAGAGAGCAACCGAGUUAUAGCAACAUUGAGUAACGGUACAUUGAUUCGAGAGAGAUGGUUGCCUUCGGAAAAAAGUUGAAAGAAAGACAAAUUCAAGAAUGGCAAGGAUAUUACAUAAACUACAAAUUAAUGAAGAAACGAGUUAAGCAGUAUGCUCAACAAAUACAACUUGAAACACUAGAUCGCCGCCAUGUACUUAAGGAUUUCUCAAGAAUGCUGGAUAAUCAGAUUGAAAAGACUGUCCUUUUCCUGCUGGAACAACAAGGGCUUUUAGCAAGUAGGAUAGCAAAGCUCGGAGAGGAACAUGAAAUUAUUCAGCAGGAGCCUCGUUUAAGCAGAAUAGCUGAACUACGAGAAGCUUAUAGAGCAGUGGGACUAGAGCUAUUGAAGCUUCUCUUCUUUGUGGAAGUCAAUGCUGUUGGUUUGCGUAAGAUAUUGAAGAAGUUUGAGAAACGCUUAGGCUACAAAUUUACUGAUUACUAUGUUAAAACUCGGGCAAAUCAUCCUUACUCCCAGCUACAACAAGUGUUCAAACAUGUGGGAGUUGGAGCUGUUGUUGGAGCUUUAUCCCGCAACCUUCAUGAACUUCAGAAGUAUGAGGAAAGUCAAGGGAGCUUCGUAUCAAUUUAUGAUCAGCCUACUCUUCCCCUUCAGGAUCCUGUUAUUGAUUCAAUAAGAGCAGCGGUUGAUAGGUUAACUAACUCAACCAACUUCCUAAACUUUUUGGGGAAGCAUGCACUUAUUGUGGAUGAGGAGCUAUCAGCACCUGUUGAUGAGCAUGUUGAUGAUCAAAAAUAUCAUUUUAUGUCUCUAUCACUAAACUUGGCAAACACAUUUUUAUAUAUGGUGAAUACAUAUAUUAUAGUCCCUACUGCAGAUGAUUACUCUAUGAGCCUUGGAGCAGCACCAACGGUUUGUGGUAUUGUGAUCGGGGCAAUGGCAGUUGCACAGGUGUUUUCUUCAGUGUACUUUAGUGCGUGGUCAAAUAAAUCAUACUUCAGACCUCUAGUAUUCAGUAGCAUAGUUCUUUUUAUCGGCAAUGCCAUGUAUGCCAUGGCAUAUGAUCUUAAUUCGAUAUGGGUUCUCUUAUUUGGUCGUCUUUUAUGUGGAUUUGGUUCUGCCAGAGCCGUUAAUCGACGUUAUAUUAGUGAUUGUGUACCGACAAAAAUCCGCAUGCAAGCAUCAGCAGGUUUUGUUAGUGCAAGUGCUCUUGGAAUGGCCUGUGGUCCGGCAUUAGCUGGCUUACUACAGACCGAGUUUCGGAUUUUCAAUAUUACAUUUAAUCAAGACACCUUGCCAGGGUGGGUUAUGACUAUUGCUUGGCUCCUAUAUCUAGCGUGGUUGUCGAUCACUUUCAAGGAACCUUCUCGUGGGAUUGAAGAGAAUCAUAUACCACAUCAAUCCAAUACUGAAAACAGUGCACUUGAGAAAGGCUUAAGACAUCCAUUGCUCACCAGUUCAGAAAAUAAGGUAGAUGAAGAUGCUGAUCAGGAUAAUGAUGAUAGUGAAGAAGCACCAAAAGAAUCUCGUCAGCCAGCCAAUUCAAUUGGAGCAGCAUACAGACUCCUUACACCUUCUGUAAAGGUUCAGUUAUUGAUAUAUUUCAUGCUAAAAUAUGCAAUGGAGAUUUUACUAUCAGAAUCUAGUGUCGUCACGACAUACUACUUCAAUUGGACAACAAGCACGGUUUCCGUUUUUCUUGCUUGCCUUGGCUUGACAGUUCUUCCUGUCAACAUUGUUGUUGGAAGUUAUAUAAGCAAUAUGUUUGAGGACAGGCAAAUUCUGAUGGCAUCAGAAGUUAUGGUUUUCUUAGGCAUACUCUUUAGCUUCAAUGUAAUUGUUCCAUACUCUGAGCCACAAUAUGUCUGUUCAGGGCUGCUUAUGUUUGUUUCUGCUGAAGUACUUGAAGGCGUGAACUUGUCACUUCUUUCACGAGUUAUGUCAUCAAGGCUUUCUCGUGGAACCUACAAUGGAGGGCUUUUGUCCACAGAGGCUGGGACACUUGCACGAGUGAUUGCAGAUGGAACCAUUACUCUAGCUGGCUAUGUGGGUGUGAGUAGGCUUCUCAACAUCACCCUUAUUCCUUCUUUCCUCAUUUGCGCAGUUUCCAUAAUUGCAACUUGCUAUACCUACAAUUCUUUAUAUUGAUUUGAUCUAUCAACUUCUUCGAGCUCCAUGAGGUAGUGAAAGAGUAGCUAGGCUGUCCAAAUGUAAAUUCUUCAGUUCCAUGGAUUCCUCAUGUAUCAUCCCCAUUAUUACAAUGCUCAUUAUUAUUCAUACAUACAAUAUA